ACUGCUCGAGUUUGUAUUUUUGCUUUUGGUCAUUUUCCCUUUCCCAAACGCGAAUUUGUUUCUCAGUCUUAAGCUUUCUUCUGCCUAGUGCUUACUGGCGGUGUUUGAUUUUAUACCAAGCUGCCCUUCUUAGCUUCCCCUCUCUGCAAUGUCUUCUUUAUUGUAUGCAUUCCUCUUUAUGGCCAUGGCUGCUCACUCCGAUGUGGCAGGGGGUGCAACGUAUUGUGUGUGCAAGGAAGGGAUGAGUGAGAGUAUGUUACAGAAGACACUGGACUACGCAUGUGGGUAUGGAGCAGACUGCAACCCCACUCACCAGAAUGGGCCAUGCUUCCAGCCCAACACCGUGAAAGCUCAUUGCAGUUACGCGGUCAAUAGCUUUUUCCAGAAGAAGGGUCAAGCUCCAGGCACUUGUGACUUCUCUGGCACUGCCUCCACCACCUCAUCUGACCCUAGUACAACUACUUGUGUUUUUCCUGCGAGUGCAAGUGGAGCGACAUCAUCAACUGGGAAUCCGUCCACAACCACAAGCAACUCUGGUGUGAUGACAAGUCCUACAGGAGAUACUUUAGGAACCGGGAUCAACAAUGGGUUUGGCCCUCCUGGGGUAGGAAACAGUAAUGCCGACAUGAAUGAAGGCGGUAUUUCGCUGCUAAGGAGAUCCCUUGUCCCCUCCAUCUCCACCAUCUUAUUCUCAGUAGUAGCAGCACUUAGGAUGGCUUAGUUAAGAUGAUGGAUGAAUAGAUGAGCUCCUAACAAUGGAUGUUGGAAGGUUUAUGUCCAAAUAGUGCCCAACCAAUUAAGCAAUUCAUAUUCUUGUUUUCCAUGGACAGCCAUGCUUAUUGUGUACAAACUUUCGUCCUUUCUCUGUCUCAAAUGCCAUGAGGAAUGUGUUACAACUUCUACAUAGAUUCUUGGUUACAUUUGUGGCAUAUCAACCCCACCUUCUAGAAAUUCAUCACAAAUCAAGUACUCCCUCCGUUCCCUUUUAAAUGUCCC